AUGGGCCUGGGCACUCCAGGCGAAUUGAAAUAUAUUUCCAGCGAGCAUCCCGGAAGAACACUUGGGAUAUUGGAGACAUCCCGGUUCACCUCAAGAUGGCCUCACUUCAAGAUUAUCAGUGCUUCAACCAUUACUUAUUCAGCUUCGAAAAGUCGGCCUCCGGAGACAUCCACCAGGCUCUGGAGGGAACGUCAAAAUCAAGAACGAUGGCUGUUCAAGUCUCACCCAGAAAUCGCCAUGGGCAAUUCGGCAUAUCAAGACACUCUCAAAGCAGACAUGGAAGCGCUCAACAUCUCAGAUGAUGCCCUUAACACCAGGCCUUUAUUCGCCAUUGGGCACGUCCCCGAUGCCAGUGUUAAGACAGGGUCUUUAAAGUCCCCUAUAAUGGCUGUUGCUUGUGGGGAAUCCGGAGAGCUCUUACGGCUGGCCCGCAUGGAGGAUGUGCCAUUACAAUGGGGGAACAACGCAAAUGCAUUUCUGAAUCUUCAGAGCAUCGAUCCGGCCAACAGGGAGGCAGAAUUAAUAUGGACUAAUGACGGACUCCCCAUCAGGCAGAUCAAAUUUGCUGGGAACCACUCGAAAGACGACACACCUCGGUGGCUUCUGAUUCAAAAAGAAACAGCGACAACCAUUCUCAAGCCGGAAUUCCGUCAGGUGCCCACCACCUCAAAUCAGCCAACGAGCAGCUUAAUUCGGGAACGACCAUCACUGAUAAACCCAAAUCCUUUGCUAACUAUUCAGUAUCAUCAGACGGGAGGUAAUGCUCAUUCUGAUGUCGCCUUGUUUGCCACGGCAUCUGGCCGAUCGCAUCAACUUGCCAUUAUAGAUGAGGGCGGGUAUUGGAGCAUAUGGGAUGAUCCGGGAACUUCGCAGGUCCAACGAAGAGUGGCUCCCCAAUUGACUCUCAAUAAAUGCGGACAUAUUUCUCGUGGCCUACUCAACGAAUUACCGUCUAUGCCUUCCUAUUCAACCGAAAGACACGGGAUUCUGAUUUUGGAAGAAACGUGGUCUGGAAAAGUAGAAAGCUCACCGUCCCCCUCCUCCCGCAAGACGGCAGACGCUACCACGCGAUAUCUUCUGAUGUGGAAUCAUGAGAGAAUGGAAGUCCUGAAUUUAGACGCAAACAUCUUACUUCCAAGGCUCGGCCACAUCAUUCGGGAAAGGGGAAAGCUGGAUUGGAUCUUGGAUAUUCAUCGUAGUCCAACUGAGCAAGGCCAUGUUUUCAUCCUCACGCAAUAUCAUAUCACCUGGGUCGAUGUGUUUAGCCGUGAUGAAGGAGGAUCGGGGCCCCUGAAGCCGUCAAUAUUGCUCUCGUGCCCCCAUUUGGGAACAAAAAAUGACGACUCGAGGAUGUUUGUCUGCCGAGCAUCAGAUGAUGACCAAGACACAUCUCUAGUCUUUAUCUACUAUCCACGAAUGGGCCAACUUUGCAUAUUCUGGUUCACAUUUUCACCUAUAAACAGGAUGCCUCAAUGGCAUCGAGACAUUAUAUCACUUCCGGGGAGCGAGGACACGGAAUUUCCAGCAAAGAAUGUGAUUGAGUAUCUCAGGGUCGACCCAAUCCAACUCGCAGUCUCAGUCAAAGAAAAUGCUUCAAGUCCUGGAAUGGACUAUUAUAAAAAGGGUGCCCUGUUUUAUCAGUUGACUUUCUUGGGCAAAGAUUUAAGCCUACAGCGUUGCCUAUGCGCCACGUCUGACGAUCCGACGCUCGAAAUUCAAGACCCCACGGUGCCUGCUGCGUGGGCUGAAGCCAAACAACAAAUGAAAAAGCAAAAGGGGAGAAGAACUGCCAUGGCGCAUAUUUCUGGGUCAUUCAUCUUUCCAGAUGAAAUGACUGUCGACGACGUUGAGAUGCUUAUGAAUGGUGAAGAGGUCGAAGAUGACGGAGAGUCUGAUGAUAAUGUUGAGAGCCCAGCACUCGCCCGACCGACUCUUAUCAAAAUGGAUAGACUAUACCAAGCCCUACAAAACUCUCUAGAAGCUUCAAUACACCAAGGAGAAACUGGCCUCCCGUCUCAAUUGUUUGACGCCCUCGGACAAUGCCUUAACGAUGGGUUCGACCAGGGGAGGCUACCAUUGAUAACAUGGGGCGAAGUGGCUGAAGUGAUGCUGCAAGAUCCAACAUUUGAGCCCGCCGGUGACCCUCUGAGAGACGAAAUGGAGAAGAUACUGGAUGAAAACACCGAAAAGGUUGUCGUUACUCCACUUCAGCUAUAUAACCAGAACGAAAUGCCCAUGUCACUGGUCAGCCUGCAAUAUCUACAGCGCCAUUUUUCUGACAUAUGGAUCGGUCCCAUAAAGGGCAUUCUCACUGAGGAUAUGCAACAAGUUCGGCGAAUAUGGGUUACCGAACUAGCCCGAGAGGCCUUUCUGUCCAGCUACGGAAUCAUGUACCAGGAUAUUCCCUUGCUUGGGCCUAGUAGUUCUGAAGUGCUGGAGGAGGAGGAGUCUCAGAGGUCUCGGACAGGGCGUCAGAUUGGCAGCUCUCAAAUUAUAACCUCGUCGAGAUCAGCCUCCAGGGACAUAGGAUCUUCGCCUGCUGCCUCACCCGCUGCAUCGGCAACCUUCAACGGGCCAGACGAGGCGGUUGAGCGACUACGACUAUUGGCCCAGUCUUUGGACACUAACAGGCCGGACGUUUCAAAACGGUCCAAAGUGCUAUCAUACUGGCCCAAGGAACGGGGUGUCGAUCCAAACAAUUACAUUUCAAGCGUAGCAAGAGCCAAUGAGGAGCUCUUCAGGGACGCCAAAGAACGGCUACAGAGGAUCGAAGCGAAGCGAAAAGCGCGAUCGGAAAAGUUUAGGCGACCAGCAUUUAUGAGACAAGGGCUUCCCGACAUCAAUCCCCUGGCGUCAGUGCGACCGCCGCCCGUGCAAGUCAUGUCCAGCCAGGCGGCUCCAGAAGCGACUCAGCAGCAGACGGCUGUGACGAUGAGCCAGCCUGUUUCUGGACCGUUUGGAGAUAGGAAGAAGAAGAAGGUGAAGAGGAAAGGUGGCUUCAGAUGA